AAAACAAAAACUUCAUGUGAAAUGCCGCAAUACUAAAGAUGAUUAUUAUUUUAACAGACAAUGCAGCAAAAAUAAAAAGGAAUUUCUACGUAUUUAUUGAAAUAUGCACAUUUACGUAGAUUUACCUUUUUCAUACCAUAAUACAAGAUAAACAUGAAUGAAAAUAUUGAGAAUGUAUCUAAUAAUAGCAACACGUUACUUAAAGUUGAUGGGCAUGGUUUUAUAGUUUCACACCGGCUUUAUAGUAGAGUUGCUUCAUUACCUAAUUCUUCACAAAUGGGUGCAGUUGGAAAAAGAAGAGAAAUGAAAUGGUUAGAGAUGAUUAAUUCAUGGGACAGAUAUGUAAUGAAACAUCCUAUGAAAAUUAAAAGAAGAUGCCAGAAAGGAAUCCCACAAUCUGUUCGUUCAUUAGCAUGGCAGUUUUUAAGUGGAGCAAAUAUUUUAAUAGAAAAAAAUAUUGGUUUAUUUGAAAAACUGUCUGGAAAUAAAAACUCUAAAUGGGUUGAUAUUAUACAAAAGGAUAUUCCCAGAACAUUUCGACACCAUUGUAUGUUUCACGAAACAGGUAGUCAAGGACAAGAUAAUUUAUUUAAAGUAUUGGUAGCAUUUAGUGAGUAUGAUUCAUCAAUUGGCUACAGUCAGGCUCUUGCACCAAUUGCUGCAGUGCUAUUGAUGCAUAUGCCACCAAGUGAAACAUUUUGGGUACUAGUUGCAAUUACAAGAUCUUAUUUACCAGGCUAUUUUGGGGAAAAAAUGGAAGCAAUGAAAUUUGAUGGGAUGCUUUUUGGUUUAUUGCUUGAUAAUUAUUUACCUAAGGUUGGAAAACACAUGAAAGAUCUCCAGAUUGACCCAUUAAUGUACAUUGUUGAGUGGAUGGUUUGCAUUUUUUCACGUUGCCUACCCUUUCAAACUGUUUUACGAAUUUGGGACAUGUUUUUUUGUGAAGGAGUCAAAGUGUUGUUUAAAACAGGUCUUUCCAUCAUGAAAAUAGUUCUUUCAACACAAAAUGAUUUAUUUGAAAAGGAUGAAUUUCAGACAACUAAUUUACUUCACAAUCUACCUUACGACUUAAUGACAGAUAAAAUUCUUUUAACUGAAAUAAUUAAUAUCAAAAUUAGUGAACAACAGUUUGAAACAGCUCAUGCAAAAAUUUGUGCUGCAAAUCCUGAUUUAAAAAUGAACAGGUUCAAUGGUUGCAUUAAAUAUAAUACGCGGAUUGUUUCUUAAGCAAAAUAUUUAAAUAUCUAUAAUUUUUAAAAAACGCAACACAUUAGUUGUUCAUGCAAAAAUUAUUGCAAACAUGUAUAAUACAUUUUUGUUUAACAAAAAAAUAAGUUUAACUUAUUUUUUUGUUAAACAAAAAUGUAUUAUACAUGUUGUUUGCUGAUCAUUAUAGAUCAUAGUUAAUUUGUUAUAAUGGCUCUAGUGA